UAUCGUUGAGUUGUGUGUCGAGAGUGAGAAAGGGAUCACCGAAAAGAUGCUUCAGAUAGCGAUGAAUGGCGUCAACCCUUUGGUCAGAGCCGAUGCCGUCAACCAAUUGUUGGCUCAAAACAAGAUCGAGAUCUGCAAACAGGGGAACCAAUUGCUCUUCAGAAUCAAAGACAACAACACCACUAAAGGCAUGAUUGUUUACUCGAUUGUGGAGAAGGCGUCUAAUAAAGGCAUUUGGAUCCGAGAUAUUAGGUUUCAGUCAAAUCUCUCGCAAACACAACUCAACAAAGUGUUGAAGAAUAUGGAGACCAAGAAAUUGAUUAAAUCUGUCAAAUCAGUGACCGCUUCCAAGAAGAAGGUGUAUAUGCUUAACGACAUCGAACCGGACAGGUCUGUGACCGGCGGCUCGUGGUAUAGCGGAAGUGACUACGAGUCCGAAUUCAUCGAAGUCUUGGCUCAACAGUGUCUUAGGUUUCUCUGGGAAAAGUCAAAUAAAGCGAAAGAAAGUGAUUUGAAUCCGAUUUCACGCCAAAAGAAUUCAUUUGUCACUUCAGCCGAAGUCCUCAAUUUCAUCAAAGAUCUGGGAAUCAGUAAAGUAGAGCUCAGUGUCGAUGACAUCGAAAGCAUUCUCAAUACACUUAUCUUUGACGGCAAAGUUGACAAACAUGUGUCGCUCGACAGCACCGGCAAAGACACCAACAAAUUAUAUCGUUAUAUUGAAUCCCUCGGCAAAGACACCGGUUUUAUGAGAAUGCCGUGCAGUGUAUGUCCUGUCUAUAAGGACUGUCACAUGGAUUCACUCAUUUCUCCCCUAAAGUGUCUUUACCUCAAAGAAUGGUUCGAUACG